AUGACGACGGCACAUAGACCAACAUUUGAUCCAGCUCGUGGUGGUACUGGACGUGGAGAGACAGACUAUGGAAAAUUAUCACAACAAUUCUCUAGUAAAGAUAUGCCAUCUCAUACAAUAUUAAAAUAUAGGCAUGAUCAGCAAAAACCCAGUGAUAAACUUACUAAAAAGGAUUUACUUAAAGAACUCGAAGAAAGAGAAAUUAAUAGUAAAAAAGGAAAUAAAAGAAUAGAUAGUAUUCAGAAUGUCUCUGAUACUUUAACUGAACCAAUAUCAAAGAAAUCAAAAUUUGAUUCAGAUGACGAGGAUGGUAAAAAUGAUGAAGUUAAAUCAAAAUUUGAUAAGGAUAAUGAAUCAGAAAAUGAAUCAGAUGCAUCUUCACAAUCAGAUAACGAUAGUGAUAAUAGUGAUUCGGAGGAUGAUAAUGAAGCAUUACUAGCUGAAUUAGCUAGAAUAAAAAAAGAACGUGCUGAGGCAAAAGCUCGUGAGGAAGCGGAGAAAGCUUCGGAGGAGGAAAGGAUAAGAAAUGAAAAUUUACUCAAGGGUAAUCCUUUACUUACUUUAGAAUCAUUAAAGAAAACAUCUUUUUCUGUUGAAAGACGUUGGGAUGAUGAUGUUGUUUUUAAAAAUUGUGCUAAAGGUCAAGAUGAUAAGAGUAAACGUGAAAAUACUUUUAUUAAUGAUACAAUUCGUUCUGCGUUCCAUCGUAAAUUUAUGGAUAGAUAUAUUAAAUAA